GAGGAAAGUUUGAAGACAGCCACUCGAACGUUAAACACAGAAAACCACCCUGCCGGACUAUAUGAAGCUGCGUCUUGGAAUACUGCAACAAUUGACCCAUUUUCCCAUUUAUAUACUCCCUACUCCGUACACAUCUCUCACUUUCACCUACCUAGUUUUCUCCUCCGCAAGAAAACUGCAUAGUCGAGAAAGAAACGACACACACACACACACACACACACCCGUCUCCCUUCUUUUAUAUCGCUGCAACAUGGUCAUCUCCACUGAGUCCCCCCUAUCAAUAUCACUCCGCAAAGCAACCCCCGAGGACGCCGAGGCGGUGGCCAAGCUCGGUGCAGCCGUCUUCGCCACCACCUACGGCCACGCGGUACCCCCACGGCAUAUCCAAUCCUAUAUCGAAGAGACCUACAGCGUACGCGCGGUAACCAAGGACAUCUCCAACCCCCAGAAGGACGUGUUCCUCGCCACCCUCGACAACGGAGCCGUCGUCGGGUUCAGCGUCCUGACCCGCGGCAGCAGCAGUCUCGAGCCGUGCGUGUCCCACCUCCCGGACACUGCCGAGCUGCAGCGCCUCUAUAUCGACACCGCGUUCCACCGCAAGGGCGUGGGGAGGCGCCUCGCCAGUUGGGUGGAGAGUGAGGCUCGGGCCCAAGGAUUCAGGCACCUCUGGUUGAGUGUCUGGGAGGGGAACACGACGGCCAGAAAGAUCUACGAGAGAUUUGGGUAUAGGAAGGUUGGGUAUUGCGGCUUUGAUGUCGGCGGUGGUAUCCAGAGGGAUCGCGUCAUGCUCAAGGAGCUUUGAGGCGCCGUCUUCAAGGGACCAAGCGGGUGGUUUUCUUCUCUGUUCUUGAGUUUGGACAUGCUUUUCUCGACAAGCAUCCUGAUGGUAUGGUGUAUGGAUUCUGAUGUUACACAUAGUGCAUCAGCAGAGCGUCGGCAUGGUGGCAGGUCAUUGUAAAAGAGGUCCCCAUAGCCGUUCUUUCUUUGUCAUAUCUUGAUAGUUGAUUGAUUUAUCAAUACUUGGUCCUUCGGACUCCAGUUUCAGUGUUGGUAACCAGUGAUUUAAUUCCCAUUAGUUUCAGUAGGAUCUGUAUCCAGACGUAGUGUAAGGUACAAAAAGGAG